AUGAAAACGGCGACGACGGUUACAUUCUGCGGAGGUCGUUUACAGUAUCAGCUAACCGGCACCAGCUUCACCACCGCAAUGAUUCACUUUGUUCUUCUCAUCAGCAGACAAGGCAAAGUCAGGUUGACAAAAUGGUACUCACCUUAUUCUCAAAAGGAGAGAACGAAGGUUAUCCGAGAGCUAAGUGGUAUGAUUCUCACACGAGGCCCCAAGCUGUGCAAUUUUGUGGAGUGGAGGGGAUACAAAGUUGUUUACAAAAGAUAUGCCAGCCUUUAUUUCUGCAUGUGUAUUGACCGGGAUGACAAUGAACUGGAGAUACUUGAAAUCAUUCACCACUUUGUUGAAAUACUAGACCGCUACUUUGGAAGUGUUUGUGAAUUGGAUUUGAUCUUUAAUUUCCAUAAGUGUUUGACUUUUCAUUUUGGUUAUAGAAAAAGUGCUGGUGCUCAUUUUCUAGCUGACUGGUGUUUUCGAGUUGAAUAUAAUCUACGUCUUUUGCUCUGUGAUUUGAAAUUGGGGAAUGUGAUGGCACUAUGGCAGGCUUACUACAUAUUGGAUGAAAUCCUAAUUGCUGGUGAACUGCAAGAGUCUAGCAAGAAAACCGUUGCACGUCUAAUAGCUGCGCAGGAUUCUCUGGUGGAAGCAGCCAAGGAGCAGGAAAGUUCUAUAAGUAACAUAAUUGCUCAGGCGACAAAAUGAGGAUGUAGUUUGGUUUUGUGGGAUGUCAUUUAGAUUUGUUUCUGUACUGAUAAGUACAGCUGGCUUUAUCACUGUUAUGUCCGCUUGUUACUUGCUGUCAUGUUACUGUUGAGUUGUAAACUUUGUAAUCAUCCAGUGUUUAUAUGCUCGCUAAAUCAAAGUUCUUUGGUUCAUAUGGACCUAAAAGUAACUUGAAUUAACUAUGGUACACAAUGGCGUCCCAACUCCUAGGGUUGCAAAUGGACCAAAACUUAAUAAUUUGUGUUGCCUAAGAUA